AUGACAAGAGGGCCUCUUCUGGUUACUCCGUCUUUGUCUCCUUUCGGAAUCAAUACAGUUCUACCUCCACCACCACCACCAUGCGCCUUCGCAUUUCCACCUCCUCCUGGCCCACCUCCACCCCCAGGCUCCGCAGCAGCUGCCGUUGCCAUGGCGGCAGUGGCUGCAGCAGCUCUAUACGGACAGGUUAGCUUAUCGCUUAGACGUUCUAUUUUAACGCUUAGCAGGAGCUUUCAUUUAUUUUGUUUUUUAUAUGAUUUGAAACCCCUUUAG